GAAUUAGAGCGAUCGUAUACGCUCCGAGUCGAUCAGUUGCUGGCGUGCGCUCUAACCCUGCGGGUGUGUGUCGAUCCAUAUUCAGAUCGAGAUCGAGUUCGAGUGCGAGGAUAAUACGCGAUACCCCAGCCAUUGUCCUUCGGCAAUGCGCAGGCGCAAAGUGUCGAACCCAAUCAAUUACUGCCAAUAUUCAGAAGCAUAGUGUGACAAGUGUGAAAAAAUAAUUAAAAACUCAAGUGGCUGCAAACGUCGAAUGACUCUCAAUUGUUAGGCCACUCAGAACCGGGCCCGACACAAAUAUUUACCGCGAGAGCAGGGACACCCGAAAACGGUGACGAUUAUUGUCCUGCCACCGACACCAAGAAGCCGCAAAAUGGAUUUAUCGAGGCGGUUGUGCUCAACUGCCUUGGUAGCAUUCAUUGUACUGGCCGGCAUCCACGACUCCCAGAGCAGACACCAAGGAUUCCGACAGAAAAGACAAUAUGGUGCGAACAUGUACUUACCGGAGAGUUCCGUAACGCCCGGCGGAGAAGGCGAUGAUCCCAGCGAGUGGUCCGACUGGAGCUCCCCCUCCGACUGCUCCCGUACCUGUGGCGGAGGUGUCUCCUACCAGACUAGAGAGUGCCUGCGAAGGGACCAUUAUGGAGAGGCAAUCUGCAGUGGCGGCAACCGUCGUUACUACUCCUGCAACACGCAGGACUGUCCGGAGCAGGAUCCCGACUUCCGUGCCCUCCAGUGUUCGCGCUUCGAUGACCAGCCCUUCGAUGAUAUCUACCACGAGUGGGUGCCGUACACAAACGCGCCCAAUCCUUGUGAGCUGAACUGCAUGCCCAAGGGCGAGCGCUUCUACUACCGCCAGAAAGAGAAGGUAGUGGAUGGCACCCGGUGUAACGACAAGGAUCUGGACGUGUGCGUGGAUGGCCAGUGUAUGCCCGUGGGCUGCGACAUGAUGCUGGGAAGCGACGCCAAGGAGGACAAGUGUCGCAAGUGUGGCGGUGACGGCAGUACCUGCAAAACCAUUCGCAACACUUUCACCACCAAGGACCUUGCUCCAGGAUACAAUGAUCUGCUGCUGUUGCCGCAAGGAGCCACUAACAUCCGUGUCGAGGAGACGGCGCCCUCCAGCAACUACUUGGCCUGCCGCAACCACAGCGGCCACUACUACCUGAACGGUGACUGGCGCAUCGACUUCCCGCGACCAAUGCUCUUCGCCAACUCCUGGUGGAACUAUCAGCGCAAGCCCAUGGGCUUUGCGGCUCCCGACCAGCUAACUUGCAGCGGUCCCAUCUCGGAGAGCAUCUUCAUUGUAAUGCUGGUUCAGGAGAAGAACGUAAGCAUCGACUACGAGUACAGCAUCCCGGAAUCUCUGAGCCAUUCUGAACCGGACACGCACACGUGGACCCAUCUGGAGUUCAGCCCCUGCACUGCCAAGUGUGGUGGUGGCACUCAGCGACGUGGUGUUACCUGCAACAACCGCCUUACCCUAGCAGAGGUUAAUCCCUCUCUGUGCGAUGCCAAAUCCAAGCCUGUUGAAGAGCAAGCUUGUGGAACGGAACCCUGUGCCCCUCACUGGGUGGAGGGAGAGUGGACCAAGUGUUCCAAGGGCUGUGGAUCCGAUGGCUCCCAGAACAGAACAGUAACUUGUGAACGAAUUUCCUCCAGCGGUGAACACACCGUUGAAGACGAUGCCGUUUGCCUGAAGGAAGUCGGAAACAAGCCAGCCACGAUCAAGGAAUGUAAUCGGGACAUCAAGAACUGCCCCAAGUACCAUCUGGGACCCUGGACACCGUGUGAUAAGCUCUGCGGUGACGGCAAACAAACAAGGAAGGUCACCUGCUACAUCAAGGAGGACGGACGCAAACGCGUUCUGCCCGAUGAGGACUGCGUUGAAGACAAGCCAGAGGAGGAGAAGACCUGCCUGUUGGCGCCUUGUGAGGGCGUUGAUUGGAUCAUCUCGCAGUGGAGUGGAUGCAAUGCUUGUGGGCAAAACACUGAGACUCGCACAGCUAUUUGUGGCAACAAGGAUGGAAAGGAGUAUCCCGAAAAGUUCUGUGAGCCCGAAGUGCCCUCCCUUACCCGACCCUGCACGGCGCCCAAGUGCCAGGCCCAGUGGUUCUCGUCCGAGUGGAGCAAGUGCUCCGCCGCCUGCGGAAAGGGAGCCAAAUCUCGUAUUGUCAUAUGUGGAGAGUUCGAUGGAAAAACUGUAACUCCAGCCUCUGAUGAUUCCAAAUGUGACAAAGCAACCAAGCCCGAAUCCGAGCAGGAGUGUGAAGGUGAAGAGAAGGAAUGUCCUGGAGAAUGGUUCACCGGACCUUGGGGAGAAUGCAGCAAGUCAUGUGGUGGCGGUGAACGGGUUCGUGAAGUCCUCUGCCUAUCAAAUGGAACCAAGUCGUUGACCUGCGACGAAUCGAAGCUCGAAUCUCUCUCUGAAAAAUGUAAUACCGAAGCGUGCAAUGAGGAUGAGAUCCUGCCCCUGACCAGCACUGACAAACCUAUCGAGGAUGAUGAGGAGGAGUGCGAUGAGGAUGGUAUCGAACUGGUUAUUGAUAGCUUGUCAGAUGAUUUACAGACCUCCGAAGGUGUCGAUUUAGAUGGCGAGGCAAAGACGGAAACUACAAUUGAGGCUGAAGAGCUGAUGUUGAGUGACAGUCCUUCGACGCCUGACGACGAGUCUUCCUCAACAGGAAGCACGGUUGAGGGCUCUGGAGACGACUCCGAAUCAACGACAGACAGCGGAAUUUCUACUGAAGGAAGCGGUGAUGACGAAGACACUUCUGAAUCCAGCUCAGAUGCAUCAACCGAUGUGUCCAGCUCAACAGACAGCGUUUCCAGCUCCAGCGAAUCAAGCGAUGCAACCUCUGAAGCAACCUCUGAAGGCUCCUCUGUUUCCGAUUCUAGCGGAUCUACUGAUGGAUCCUCGGAGGGAUCUACAGAUGUAUCGGAGGGCUCAACGGAAGCAUCUGCCUCCUCCUCUACCGAUGUUUCUGGCAGUACAGAUGCCACGGGUGGAUCUACAGACUCAUCAUCGGUUGGCUCAACGGACGUCUACGACUCCGACUCUACUGAUGUUUCUGGCUCCACGGAUGUCACUGAAUCCACGGUUGCUUCAAGCGACUCUUCUGACCAGACAUCAGAUAAGGCUGAAUCCUCUACUGAGGCAUCUGCUUCCUCCGCCUUUGAUUCUACUGAGGCUAAUGACAGUUCCACUGACUCAUCUAGCUCUACCGAUAGUUCCAAGAGCACAUCAGAUUCAUCUACGGACUCCACAGAAUCCACCUCCGAUAACACCACACCAACUACACCCGAAUCGUCCACUGACUCGACAGAGUCUUCAACUGAUGUUUCUUCCUCAUCCGAGUCCUCGACAAGCAGUGAAGCAUCGACCGAAUCUAGUGUUAGCUCUUCCGAUUCUACUGCUGCGGAGACUAGUGAAGCAUCCAGCGAUGGAGACACGACUGAAGCAAAUACUAGUGAGUCCACAUCCGAUUCAGGUGCAACUGACACCAGUGAUGGAUCUAGCGACGGAUCUAGUGACACAACGACUGAAGUGGGCAGCACGGAUACCGGCUCCACUGAUGGCUCUAGUGACGGCUCAACCGACAGUGCCAGCUCCGAUGGUUCUUCAGUGUCUACCGAAGCGUCUAAAUCUUCAAGCCUCGGCUCAACAGAAAGCACUGAAGCUGGCGCCAGCGAGGGCUCGACCACAGAGGGCAGCACAGGAUCGACAGAUGUUUCCGACUCCACAACUGCCGGUUCAUCGUCUGCCACCGAUCUCACAAGCUCCUCAGAAGCCACUGAUUCUUCAGCUUCCACGGAUUCCGUUUCCACAGACUCAACGCAGAGCACUGAAAGUGAUGGUACUGAUGAAACCACCGAAAGUGGUCCUACUGAAGAGAGUUCUUCCGAAGGAUCCACCGACAGCACAACAGAAGGAUCAACUGAUAGCUCGUUGUCUACAGAUGGCAGCAGCAGUACUACCGACAUUUGGAGCUCAACCGACAAGGAUGAGGACGAGACCAGCACUCCUUACUCCUUUGAGACCACGGUCAGCAAGGGCUCGACUCGCAAAUGCAAGCCGAAAACAAAGAGCUGCGUCAAAUCGAAGUAUGGAUGCUGUCCAGAUGGCAAAUCCACUCCCAAAGGACCCUUCGACGAGGGAUGCCCCAUUGCCAAGACUUGUGCCGAUACCAAGUUCGGAUGCUGUCUGGAUGGAGUGUCUCCUGCCAAGGGCAAGAACAACAAGGGCUGCCCCAAGUCCCAGUGCGCCGAAAGUCUCUUCGGAUGUUGUCCCGAUAAGUUCACUGCUGCCGAAGGUGAGGACAAUGAGGGAUGUCCCGAGACAACCACUGUUGCAACCACAACCACAACCGAGGAAUCGAAACCAGAGGAAACCACCGAAACCGAGAUUGAAGGCUCUGGAGCACCGGAACAGGAAAUUGUCCAGAAGUCUUGCUCAUUCGGCAAAUACGGAUGCUGCCCUGACGCAAAGACUCCAGCCACAGGCGAAAACUUCGAAGGAUGUGAACAGCCAAAGACACCCGAGGGCUGCAGUGCCUCCGAACAUGGUUGCUGCCCAGAUGGGCGCACCGCUGCCAGAGGUCCCAAUGGCCAGGGUUGUGCUCCCUGCACCUCAGAACGCUUUGGUUGCUGCCCAGACAACGAAACUCCUGCCCACGGUCCCAACAGAGAAGGCUGCUGCUUGUCCAGCCCCCAUGGCUGCUGUCCCGACAACGUUUUGGCUGCCCGAGGACCCAACUUUGAAGGCUGCGAGUGCCACUACACGCCCUACGGUUGCUGUCCGGACAAAAAGACUGCCGCCCAUGGUUACAACCAGGAGGGCUGCCCAUGCGAAACGACCCAGCACGGCUGCUGUCCCGACAAGAUCACCGCCGCCAAGGGACCCAAGUUCGAGGGCUGCCCCUGCGAGGCCACCCAGUUUGGCUGCUGCCCCGACGGCAUCACCUUCGCCAAGGGACCUCACCACCAUGGUUGCCACUGCACCCAGACGGAAUUCAAGUGCUGCGAGGACGAAAAGACCCCUGCCAAGGGACCAAACUUCGAAGGCUGCACCUGCUUGGAGAGCAAGUUCGGCUGCUGCCCCGACGGAGUCAGCAAGGCGACGGACGAGAAGUUUGGAGGCUGCGAAAAUGUCCAGGAGCCGCCGCAGAAGGCCUGUGGGCUCGCCAAGGAAACUGGAACUGGCGGAAACUUCAGUGUCAAGUACUACUUCGAUACUGCCUAUGGAGGCUGUGCUCGGUUCUGGUAUGGUGGCCGCGAUGGCAACGCAAAUCGGUUCGAGAGCGAGGCCGAGUGCAAGGAGACCUGCCAGGAAUACAGUGGCCCACACAUCUGCCUGCUGCCCAAGAGCUCUGGACCCUGUUCAGGCUUUAGCAAGAAAUGGUACUUCGAUGAGGAGCGCAACCGGUGCGAGGAGUUCCAAUAUGGAGGCUGCUACGGCACCAACAACCGAUUUGACAGCUUGGAACAGUGUCAGAAUAAAUGUGCUGUCAGCGAGAGCCUUCCCACCUGCGAGCAGCCCGUGGAGAGCGGACCUUGCAACGGAAACUUUGAACGAUGGUUCUAUGACAACCAAACCGACAUCUGCCGACCCUUCACCUACGGAGGCUGCAAGGGCAACAAGAACAACUACCCGACGGAGCACGCUUGCAACUACAACUGCCGCCAGCCGGGCGUGCUCAAAGAGCACUGCUCGCUGCCUAAGCAAACUGGUGAUUGCAGCGAACGCCUCGCCAAGUGGCACUUCUCCGAGAGCGAGAAGCGCUGCGUGCCCUUCUACUACACUGGUUGUGGUGGCAACAAGAACAACUUCCCCACCUUGGAGUCCUGCGAGGACCAUUGCCCCCGGCAAGUUGCCAAGGACAUCUGCGAGAUCCCAGCCGAGGUGGGCGAGUGCGCCAACUACGAGGCCGCCUGGUACUAUGACACAGGCGAUCAGAGCUGCCGUCAGUUCUACUACGGAGGCUGUGGAGGCAACGAGAAUCGCUUCACCAGCGAAGAGGCCUGUCUGGCUCGCUGUGAGCGCAAACCUGAGCCGACUACCACUCCCCAACCAGCUCCCAGCAGCUUGCACAUCUGCGACGAAGCCGUCGACGCUGGCAGCGAUAGCAAUUGGAAACUUAGAUGGUACUUUGAGCGAUCUAGUGGGGCUUGCCGUCAAUUCUAUUAUGGCGGUUCUGGCGGCAAUGGCAAUCGCUUCGAAACGGAGUCAGAAUGCCAGGAGAAAUGCAACAGACAGCAGGAGCAGCAACAGCCAGCUCCAGCCCCGGCCCCAUCCAGAGAGCCUCCGCCACCGGCAGCUCCGGCCCAGUGCGAACAGCCCGCUGCUCCUGGUGAGUGCGGUGACUGGGUGCUCAAGUGGAACUACAACUCAACGGAGGGACGCUGCCAGCAGUUCUACUACGGCGGCUGUGGCGGCAACGAUAACCGUUUUGAUUCUGAGGAGGAUUGUUCCGCUCGUUGUAGCAGCUCUCCAACCAUAGACACAAGAUUUGGUGAAUCUGAGCCGGAUACGUCCAAGUGUUUCCUCAACGCAGAGCCCGGCAAUUGCUAUGAUAACGCGACCCGCUGGUUCUACAACAGCCAGGAGGGACUCUGCGACGAAUUCGUGUUCACCGGUUGUGGAGGCAACGCCAAUAACUACGCCAGCGAAGAGGAGUGCCAGGAACAGUGCCACGAUGCCCAGACCACAUGCUCGCUGCCGCCGGUCCGAGGUCGUUGUGACGAUCUCUCCCGACGGUGGUACUUUGACGAGCGCAGCGGACGCUGCCACGAGUUUGAGUUCACUGGAUGCCGCGGCAACCGCAACAAUUUCUUCUCGGAACAGGAGUGUCUUGGCUACUGUAAUCCGGGAGCGCAGCCUGUGGAGCCCCCAGCACCAGCACCGACCUACUCAGUGUGCACUCUGGCCCCAGAGGCUGGUGAGUGCGAUAACAUCACCACUGCCUGGUUCUACGACAACGAGCAGAUGGCCUGCACAGCCUUCUCGUACAGUGGAUGCGGUGGAAACGGAAACCGCUUCGAGACCCGCGACCAGUGCGAGCGGCAAUGCGGCGAGUUCAAGGGAGUGGACGUUUGCAAUGAGCCGGUGACGACGGGUCCGUGCACUCAGUGGCAGACCAAGUACUUCUUCAACCGCCAGACCCAGAGGUGUGAGCCGUUCACCUACGGCGGCUGCGAUGGCACAGGAAAUCGCUUCAACGACCUGUACGAAUGCCAGGCGGUUUGCAUCGGGGCCCGUGAGCCCGCAGGGGUUUCUUCGAAAGAAAUCUGUCUGCUGCCGCUGGCGAUGGGCCACUGCAACGGACCGUCGGUGCACGAGCGCCGUUGGUACUACGAUGAUUCGCACGGCACCUGUAUUUCCUUCAUCUACGCCGGUUGCUCGGGCAACCAGAACAACUUCCGGUCGUUCGAGGCAUGCACGAGUCUCUGCGGAAAUACAAACCCUGUUGAGAACGAGACCAACAACGAGAUCGGUCAAGGUCAGUGCGACAGCUUCGACGCUGAGUGCCGCGAUAUUCGCUGUCCUUACGGCGUGCGGCGUCAGGCGGCCCCUGCCCAACCGGAGUGCGCCCAGUGCGUCUGCGAGAACCCUUGCGAUGGCUACAACUGUCCCGAGGGCCAGCAGUGUGCCAUUGAGGUGACUGGCGACCGUCAGUUCAUCCCGGUCUGCCGCGAUGUGAACAAGCCCGGCAGCUGCCCCGCCCUUGCCGCCAAUGUCAGCAACUGCAACCGUGAGUGCUACACCGAUGCCGACUGCCGAGGCGACAACAAGUGCUGCAGCGAUGAUUGCGGCCAGAUCUGCGUGCGUCCCGCUCGCUCCGACCUGCCCAGCAGCACCCAAGCCCCAGUCCUGGUAUAUCCGGGAGACCGAAGGGUCGCCCUGGAGCCGAAGAGACCAGAAGAGCUUGAUGUUCAGACCUCGAUUGGCGGCAUUGCUGUCCUGCGCUGCUUCGCCACCGGAAACCCAGCACCGAACGUCACCUGGUCGCUUAAGAACGUCGUGAUCGACACGAACCAAGGUCGCUACGUAUUGACCUCUAGCGGUGACCUGACCAUUGUCCAGGUGCGCCAGACCGACGAUGGCACCUACGUCUGUGUGGCCAGCAACGGCCUGGGAGAUCCUGUGCGACGUGAGGUUGUGCUUCAAGUGACGGAUCCCGUACCCAUCCCCGCCUACAUUUUCGGUGACAAGAACGUGACGCAGAUCGUGCAACUUAACGCACCGGCUGUGAUUCGCUGUCCGUCCGGCGGUUACCCGCGGCCGCAUGUCAGCUGGUGGCGAAACAACAAGUUGUUCGGUCUGAACGGCAAACGGGCCGAGAUGGACCGCGAGGAUUACUCGCUGGUGUUCAACUCAAUCCAGUUGUCUGAUCUGGGCCCGUACACUUGCGAAGUGUACAUCACGGGACGUCCUGUGACUCUCCGCGUCACUCUGAAGGCGGUUGGACCCGCCCGGGCACUGACCAACGAGGAUGCCGAAUACCUUCAAUAUGUGUUGGCCCCGGCCACCCGACCGGUGACCCAGCGACCCAGUUACCCCUACUUCCCCACACGGCCGCCCUACGUGCCGUCACCCCAAGUUAAUGCCCAUGCCGUGGUGGCCCUUGACCAAGCGAAUAAAUACUUACCCGGCUCCACAAUUGCACUUAGCUGCUCUGUGCAAGGAUAUCCAGCGCCUAACGUGACAUGGAUUAAGGACAAUGUGCCCCUGUACGAAAGCGAUCGUGUUCAAAUCACAACCCAGCCACAUAGAUUGGUUCUGAGCGAUGUAACCACCGAGGAUUCGGGCAAAUAUGGUUGCAAGGCCAGCAACGCCUUCAGUUACUUCGUAAGCGAAGAGAAGGUUAACAUUCAAUCUGCCAUACCUGUGUCGCCGGAGUGCAUCGACAAUCCGUACUUCGCCAACUGCAGACUGAUCGUCCAGGGUCGGUACUGCUUCAAUCCUUACUACGCCAAGUUCUGCUGCAGGUCCUGCACGCUGGCCGGCCAAAUUGUGGGCCAACAUCCCAACGCAGUGUAAUUCCAGACACUUCCGCCUAGCGAGCCGAGUAUUUUUUUUUUUCGAUAAUCGCAUCGAAUCGAGUUUAAAGUUUAAACGCACGACACAAGAAUAAUUGGAUAAACAUUUUCGAGCCUCCCAUUUUGGAGGCCAUCACAAAAGAAAAAGAGACCAAAAAGCCAACCAUAGCCAUAGCCUACAGAUCAAGAAAAACGAACAUCUAAUUUAGUGUAUACUCUCUUCCAGAACAAAAGAAAAUAGUAUUAGUGUUUUUAUGUUUGUGUUCCUAUUUAUUCUUGAUUACGAGUAACCUUAAAUUCUACACAUCGAGGAAAGCGGCUAAAACGAAUUUGCAUUCUACUUUAUAGUUUCUACGACAUUUCUGUGCAUCAAGUAAAGCAUUUAAGCCUAAAACAAAUAAUUGUAAAUAAAUUAAAAUUACAAAAUAAAAAGUGCAUAUGUAUAAACAA